AUGUCGUACCUCUCGACGUCGACGCACUUUAACAAUUGGAUCUUCUCGACGGACGAACUCGCGCGCGUGCGUCGUCUGCAGCACGUGAAGGCGCAGCACACACUGCGUCUCGAGCGCGAAGAGGCUCCGCAGACGGCCCCCGUCAGUGCCGCCAGCAGCCGCCGCGCGCGAUCGUUUGCAGCGCUCGUGCCGCGCUCGUCCACUGCUGUGCACGAUGCGUUCGACUCGAACGACUGCGUGGACGCGGACGUUUCCGCUCAAGAAGAAGCUGAGGAGAAGGCCAAUCUGCAGCGGACGCCGCUGGUGGAGUUCCUGAGUCUCGAGCAGGAGACGCUGCUCCGGACGUUCUACGAGGAAAAGAUCCAGGAGAGCUGCAGUGCCCAGUUCCUCCGCACGUCGGACAAGGUCAAGUGCUGUGCGCUGAUGCUGUUCAAGCGGUUCUACCUGAGCAACAGCGUGAUGGAGUUCCACCCAAAGUACGUCGUGCCGACAGUCAUUUACGUGGCGGGGAAGGUCGAAGAGCAGUACAUCUCGGUGGACACAGUCGCUGAUCAGCUCCAUGUGGACCACCGGCUCAUCAUUAGCCACGAAAUGAUCGUGCUCGAAGGCGUGCGCUUCCAGUUGAUCAUGUACCAUCCGUUCCGUGCGCUCUUGGGCUUUUUGGACGACUUUCGUGCGUUUGCCAAGCAAGUGCUGAGCAAGGACUUACCGGCCACGGUGCUGCAGAAACUCCACGCUGAAUCGACCACAGUGCUGCACGAGAUGCUGCUCACGGAUCUGCCGCUGCUCCACUAUCCGUCGUACUUGGCACUAGCAGCUCUGUGGCACGUGACGGACGAGGUGGCUGCAAGCGUGGGGGAAAAAGCCGGUGGCCUCGCAAAAGAGGAUGUGCUAAGUUACGUCCAGCGCAGCAAGUUCUCGAAAGGUCAACAAGUUGACGAUGUGUUUCGUCGACUGCAGCAGAUCACACAGGCGUACGACGCGCUGACAGUAGCCAAGCGAAAGGACGGGGAAGCAGCAGUGCUUGAUCGUGCCAAGCAGGUCAAGCGCAUUUACAAGAAGCUCAAGCAGUUCCACAAUGAAGACGAGGGAAAGAAAGACAAGAAGGCACGGAAUGGCGACGGCAAAAAGAAGGACAAGAAGCGCCGAGACGGAUCCAAGGAUGACAAGCAGAAGAAGAAGGUGAAGAAGCAAAAGACAGACAAGGCUUGA